UAGUAUCAGCGCCUGUUUAUAAUUCCCUUCAGACAAAAAACUCACCAUCUCUCUGGAAAGUUCCGUCUUCACAUCUGAUUGGCUCAACAUUCUUGGUCUUACGUUCAGAUUCAUCUUCUGCUCAGUCUAGGAUUCGGUGCAAGAUUUCUGAGCAACUAUGGGUUUUGACAAUGAUUGCAUUGUCAACAUACAAUCUCUAGCCGGCGAGUACUUUUGUGCAGUUUGUCGCACACUUGUUUACCCAACUGAGGCGCUCCAGUCACAGUGUACUCAUUUAUUCUGCAAACUUUGUCUAACAUAUGUUGUUGGAACUACAAAGGCCUGCCCCUAUGAUGGAUACCUGGUGACUGAUAAGGAUUCUAAGCCACUUGUCGAAUCAGACAAAGCACUGGCAGAACGGAUAGGCAAAACUCCUGUGCAUUGUCUGUUUCACAGGAGUGGAUGUUCGUGGCAGGGAACCUUGUCUGAGUGCACUUCUCAUCGUUCUGACUGCGCCUUUGGAUAUUCCCCUGUCGUGUGCAACAGAUGUGGGAUGCUACUCUUACAUCGCCAAGUACAGAAGCAUGCACAAAUUUGUGCAGGUGCAAAAUCACAUUUGCAGCAGACCGCACAAAAUUCGAAAGAUGCUGCUACUGCUGUUGCAGUUAAUACUGCAAACUCCGGCCAGGCAAGUUCUCAACCCGUAGCCCACACCUCACAGGCAGCGGUACCGCAGAUCACUGUGGCCCCUCCAACCACACAAGAAGCAAAUCCUUAUGUCCAAGCAAUCGCUUCUAGUGCUGGGAUGACUGCGGAGCAGUGGCAACAAUAUCAACAGUAUUAUCAGCAAUAUCCUGGAUGUGUUCCAUACCAGCAGUACUACACAUAUCAGCAACCUGCACAACCGGUGCACCAGCAGGCACCAUAUGCAGGACAACCUCAGGUCUAUCCUCAGCCCUCGACUGGAAUGCAGGGUCAUCAUCAACCAUUGCCUCAGGUUCAAGAGCAAGGGCCAGCACAGACUCAGCGACAACCCCAAGGACAGCCUCAAGCACAUUCCUUUGUGCAGAAUCAAGUCAACCCAAAACAACAAUCUCAUAUCCAAGUUGACACUCAAACAGCUGCCCAGAGUCAAAUCCUUCCUCAACAGCCUCCCCAUCAAGCACAACCUCAUAUGAUACCCAAUUCUUUGCAGCCUCCUGCACAAACGAAUCUUCAAGUGCCUUAUCAACAGCCACCGUAUCAAGGGAAUCUGGUGCAGCUGCAGUCACAGCCCCAACCAGUUUUACAAUCUCAGUCCAAAAGUCAUCAUUAUCCUCACCCACUGCAGCCGAACAGUCCUCCAAGUCAGCAACCUGCUCCCGGUGUCUUACCUGGUUAUCAGUCACAUCCCCUAGUUCAACCUAACUAUCAAAUGCUGCAGGCCCCUCAACAACAUUAUUCCAUGCCUAUGCAACCUUCCAGUGGGCCUUUGCCUCCACCUGCUCAUUUCCCUCAACAAUCUCCACAUAUACGACCUCCCCAGACUUAUGCUUCACUGCCCAAUCAACAGCAACCAAGCCAGAUGCAGAGUCAAAGCCAAAUCCAGGGUUUCCCUCCUGUCCAUCCUCAAAAUCUUCUGCAGGGGUACAUUGGUCACCACCGUCCUGCGGCUCCUGCCGGACAACCCAUUCAGCAACAUGGGCAGCAGCCUACUCCGUCACAGGCAUCUAUUUCAGUUCCUUCUGCUCUCAAACCUAUGCAGCCCCAGGGUCCAAUUCAGUCGCAACAGAAUGCCCGUCCACCACCAUCACAUGGCAGUGUGCAAGCACAUGGCAUGGCACCGCAGCAACCUCCAUUUUAUGGCAGUAGACCUGCCGCGCCAAAUCAAACAGCAUCAUCUCACCCCUUCCCUCAAUCAGGUGGCACAUUUGGUGGUGCUCCUCACUCCCAACCAUUGCCGUUGAGUUCAGUUCAACCAUCUGAGCAGCAACAACAAGUAGCUACUGGGCUGCAGUUUUCUCAGUCUGAUCGGGAAAUUACGCAUAAACUGGGUGGAGGAAAUGCUGCAGCACAAGUUGGAUCAACUUUAAACAAGACUGCUGGAAAAGAUGUUAGUUUUCCUGGAGAGGAUUCUGUUAAGAUUAAAGCAUUUGACUCAGAAAUUAGAGGAAAAAGUGGGGAUGUGGAACAUAAUAUCAAAAUUGUAGGUGAAAAUAAAGGAAAUUGGAGCCAAGUUGCAGAAGCUGUGAUUGAUGCAUCGAAAUCAGGUUCGUCUGAGCCAUUAAUGGAGAAAACUGUUAAGGAAAAAACUGCAACACCUAAUGAGAUGCAUGGCAGUGUGUUUGCUGUAAUGGAUUCUACUUCGCGACAAAGGGAAACUUAUGCGGGACAUAAGAGAGAUAAUUCAAAUGUGUUGGCACAUGAAAACAAAUUGAGUCAAGAACAAGUCUCUCAACAAGGCCCUGCCAUUACUCAAUACUCUGGGUUCCAUGACAAGGGUCUCCCGAUUUCCUCUAGUUCAACUCCACUAACCGAUCGAAGCAGAUAUCAGAUGCCUUCAGGGACCUAUGGGCUUCCAUCUCAGCAACAAAGACAUACUAUGCCUUCAAAUUCACAAUCGGGUUCUUAUCGUGGGGCUCCCCCUAAUGCACUACCAGGUCAAGGACCUGCUCGCUUAAAUCUUCAGGGACCUGGACUGUCGGGUCCACUCCAGCAAUCUCUUCAUCCAUCUGAACAUUUCCGUCAGUCUAGUUCUUCUCACACACAUGAAAGCUUACAAGGUGUUCAAAGGGGGCAAUAUUAUCAGGAUAACUCUUCUUCUCAGCCGCUGUUUUUGAGAACUAAUAAAGCUGAACCAACAGGACCGCUACAUGGCUCCAAUAAUGCUGGUCCUCUGCAGAAUCCGAGGCUUCGUCACUUAGAGGGUAGAUAUCCAGACCCCAAUGUAUCAGGAUCCUUUAAAAGGGGUCCACACGAGGAGACUUUAGCAAAUGAAAAUCGCGUACAUGGAGCUGCGCUUGGGCUGCAUGUUAAAAAUGUUAAUGAUGAUCACAUGAAUCAAUUUAGAACUGGGCCAGCUGGACGUAAUGGUCAGGGCGAGUAUGAGCAAGCACUGAAACAGUUCCCUAAGCCUACAAAUAUUGGGAAUGGCUCGUUAGAAGCAGGUAAUUAUCCUCAUGAACAUAUUUCUGAGUUUCGUUCAAAGUUCUUGCCCCCAUAUACUUUUAAUGCUCUGCCAGAGUUUCAUGGCUCAGGGCCUGGAUUUGGUGUGGAUUAUCCGCCACCUAGAAGUCCAGGAAGAGAAUUCUACGGCAUUCCAUCCCAUGGAUUUGGAGGCCAAUCAGGGGGGCCACACGAUCAGCCUGGUCUUGAUAAUGUAAAUGGAUGGGGCUCCAAUGCAUUUCCUGAAGGGCCAAGAUCUUUUCAUAUAUCUUCAGGCCCAGUUGGCAGAAACUUUAGUGAUCAUUUUAAGAGUGGUGAUAUGGCUGGUCAAGAUUUUAUCCCCAAUCAUAUGCGCGUGGGUGAACGUUUUUGUCCUAGAGAUGUACCAAGCCAUAUUUCUGCUGUAGAAGGCUUUGGAACAUUUCCGGAUCCUCGUAUGUUGGAAUUGAAUGGAAAUGGGGGUUUCCCUUUCGCAGAAUCAUAUCUAGGAAAUUCACGUCCUGGUGAGCCUGGAUUUAGGAGCUUUUAUAAUGAUGAAAUUUCACGCCCUGGUGGUUUUUAUGAAGGGAACGUGGAGUCCAUUGAUAGUUUCAGACUUAGAAUGUCUAACAGUACGGUACGGUGCCAGAUUUGCAAAGUUAAUUGUGAUGGUUUGGAGGGCCUUGACUUGCACUCACGAACAGCAGAGCACCUUCAGAGGACUAUGGACAUGGUUACAAGCAUCAAGCUGCAUGCAAAGAGACAGAAAAUUUUAAAAGAUCGUUCUUCCGGCCAAGAGGGAAUCAAGCCGAAGAAAGCUGGUAAAAGGAGAAGGAAGAAGGCUUAGAUGGAGCUGAUCUGCUGUUGCGUGUUGUAUGGUGUACUAGCUUAGAUCAAAGCUUCAGUUAUUAUACAAUUAGCAAUAGAUUAAAGCUACAAGAGACGUUCCAUUGUCGGAUGACAGUCUUGGACAACAAUUACUGCUUCGUGAUAGUGCUUCCAGGUUUGCUGUAUUUUGGAUUAUUAGUUAUGUGAUGCCAGUACGCAUAUACUGGAAUAAGGUAAAGUUGUAGUUUGUCUUUUUGUGUUUUAGAAAAAAGUGUUUGGUUUAACUUGCAUAUCCUCCAUGUUUCCAGUACUUAAAGCAGCUUAUUAACUAUAGACUCAAUAAUAAUUAAAUGAGAACUGCUCUUGGAAGUCACAGUGGAUAUGAAACAUGAGUGGAACUCAGGGUUGGUAAAUGAUGAAAAUUGUUGCCUGAUAAAACAAUUAAAUCUUAUAUAAAAAUUCGGAUUCUACAUAUGAAGUGGUUAGUUCCGAAUUUUAAUAUUUGAACAUUUCUGUAGUAAAUUUGGAGGAAGUUGAAUGACAGUUCUUGUUUCUUAUUGGUAUGAGAUCAAUCUGAAAAAGGGACUCGUUAUUUGAAACUUUCAACUAUAGUCCAACACAUUGACACCUAGCAGUCCAUGUGCAUCAAAACAGUAGAAGGAUGCUUUUGAAUCUGGUACAACCUGUUGUGUUUGGAUGUAUUCUAAAUUAUCAAGAAAUGGAGCAAUCCGAAAGAUAAGAUUCUAUCAACUCUAUUUAACAGAUUGCAAUAGAAAUUGCUGCAGUCCUAGGUUUUGUGAUCUGCAUUAUUUGGGCUAUUUUGCAGGUUAACAAUAUAUGCUGUAAAUAACGAUUUUUGCCUCACUGACCUUAUACAUCUACACGUUAACACCAUAAGUAUUGUUUCCAUAUGCUGUGACUGUGGAAUUUUUUUUUCCCCUUCAUUGAUAAUAAUUGGUCAUUUGUUAAUGUUGCCUUCCAUAUAAGUUUCAUACUUACUGUUGAAAUUUGAGAUGUAUUGUGAAUACCCGGAUCCAGCGUAACUACUUUAACUUGUAGAACAUUAGCGGCAAUGAGGAGUUGCAAUUAUUAUAUUACAAAUUGCUAUAUCAAGCAGUUGCACUGUUGCAAUCAUUAUGUUACAAUUACAACAUUACCAGCAUUAAGGAAUUGCAUUCAAAAAUUACAUGGAACUUUGCCAUAAAAUUUGUUCGAGUAGGCUGAUAUUCCCAAUUCUUCUAAUAGAAAUAUAUCAGUAUAGUGUGUUGGAUCGAGGCUGGCCUUUAUUCACCCUUGUUUUCCCUCAGACUCCUCUACGAAUUAGCAAGUUGAUUGGAUAUAUGCAAUUGCAUCAACAUUAAUAAUAAUGUUCUGAUAUUUCUUAAUCGUAAAAAGAUGUAAUAAUAAUGAUAAAUGGGAAUGGCAUUUGUAUGCACUUGUGUAAACAUCCAUGAGAAUAAUUUUGUUUUUUGCUGCUAAUCAUAUUUCGGUGUGCUGUUUUUUUUUUGGUUUUUGUGAGGUGAAGCUAGGCCUUAUAUCGGACGAACUGGUGGAGCUUGUUUGCUAUUGGCUCUUCACAGUAUUCUCGGAGGCCUUCAAUAAGAUUUUACAGCCAUGGAUUCAGUGUGACUGACACAAAAUUUGUCGCGCUUUCAAAUAUGUAUUACUAUGAAUUUUGGGUAAUAUAUGUAAAGCUUUGUUAAUUAUUUAGGAGAAAACUGGGCCAUGGUUGAAUUUGUAAUAUACGAUCCAGU